CAAAUGCUGCGAUGUUCGGGAUGUACAAAGUACAACUUUGUUGCCAUUCUAAGCCAUUCCCAGUAAAAUGCCUCUAAAAGGCGUUAAAGUGCUGGAAUUUGUAGGACUAGCUCCAGGCCCACUAUGCGGGAAAAUACUAAGCGAUUUUGGGGCCCAUGUAACACGCAUUGACAAGGUGGUUGAGAACUCAUUCGAUGUGUUGCAUAAUGGGAAGCGGUCUGUUGCUGUAAAUUUAAAGAUGGCAGCUGGCCAGAAGUUGGUGCAACGUCUUGCUGCCAAACAUGAUGUGCUUAUCGAGCCAUUUCGACCUGGCGUCAUGGAGAAACUCAACUUGGGUCCUGCGCAGCUGUGGGCCGACAAUCCUCGUCUCAUUUAUGCACGCCUUACCGGAUUUGGGCAGGAGGGCAGACUGGCACAGCGUGCUGGCCAUGAUAUUAACUACGCAGCCAUCUCUGGGGUACUUUCUAUGUUGGGCCGUCACCAGGAGAAGCCCACUGCACCCAUUAACCUGCUGGCGGACUUUGCCGGCGGCAGCGUCCUGUGUGCUUUGGGAAUAUGUCUGGCCUUGCUCGAGCGCCACCAUUCUGGCCGAGGCCAGAUUGUGGAUGCUGCUAUGGUGGACGGUACAGCGUAUGUGGCCAGUUGGUUAUUCAUGUCGCGUGGUCUCAGCAUUUGGGGGAAGGAACGCGGUAAAAAUGUGCUAGAUGGCGGAGCCUAUUUUUAUGAUACCUAUGAAACGAAAGAUGGAAAAUAUAUGUCAGUGGGCGCCUUGGAGCCCCAGUUCUUUGAGGUGCUUAAGCAACGCCUCAAUCUGCCCGAAGAGCUUUCGCAGUAUGGUCCCGAAGAUCAGGCGCUGGGAAAAAAGCUGCUGACCGAAGCGUUUUUGGCAAAAACUCAGGAGGAAUUGUCAGAGCUAUUCGAGGAUUUUGAUGCCUGCGUGUAUCCUGUUGUCGAUUGGCAAGACGUCAUGAAGCACGAUCACAAUGCAGAGCGGCAGGCGUUUGAUCGCUUCGGUGAUACCUGGGCGCCACGUCCAGCUCCGCGUUUAAGUCGCACGCCCGGAAAAUUGCGCUCGACCUGCCAGCAGCAGUCGAUAUUUGAAGAAAUAGACUUGAAGCCAGCUGAGAUGCAAAAGUUGGUGGCUGAUGGAGUUUUAAUUUUGCCUUCUGAGGCAAAACUGUAAGCUAUGCUAUAUAAAUAUAUCUUUCUAGACAGACUUUUGCAAAUAAAUACAAGUAGUAUUUUUGUAAGGAGUAAAAAAA